AUGACUCUCAUGAAGGCCCUCUCCAACCUCCACAUCUCCAACGCCUCCGCCAAGACUAUGAGCUCAACUAGUUCCACUUCUGGAAUAAUGUCCACUCAAACAUCGUCCAACACUGCAAAUUUGCUGUUCUUGCACUCUGUUAAUGAUUUGCAGGGCAUUAUCGAGGGUAGAAUCGAGGCUACUGUUAACCUCUAA